AUGGCGUGGGGUGAGGUUGGAGUGACUCUUGGGCAGUCGCACCUUUCACGACAGGAUCUUGCUACUUUGGACGUUUCAAAGUUAACGCCACUUUCACAUGAAGUUAUCAGCAGACAAGCUACGAUUAACAUAGGUACAAUUGGUCACGUAGCGCAUGGGAAAUAUACUGUUGUAAAAGCCAUUUCCGGUGUUCACACGGUCAGAUUCAAAAAUGAACUUGAAAGGAACAUUACAAUCAAGCUUGGAUAUGCUAAUACUAAGAUUUAUAAACUUGAUGACCCAAGUUGUCCUCGGCCAGAAUGUUAUAGGUCUUGUGGAAGUGGAACACCUGAUGAGUUUCCUACAGAUAUUCCAGGAACUAAAGGAAACUUCAAAUUAGUCAGGCAUGAGUCCUUUGUUGACUGUCCUAGCCAUGAUAUUUUGAUGGCUACGAUGCUGAGCCGUGCAGCAGUGAUGGAGGCAGCUCUUCUAUUAAUAGCUGGUAAUGAAUCUUGCCUUCAGCCUCAGACUUCAGAACGCCUAGCUGCAAUAGAAAUCAUGAAACUCAAGCAUAUUUUGAUCCUACAGAAUAAAAUUGAUUUGGUAAAAGAAAGUCAGGCUAAAGAACAAUAUGAUCAAAUUCUGGCAUUUGUACAAGGAACAGUGGCAGAAGGAGCUCCAAUUAUUCCAAUUUCUGCUCAACUUAAAUACAAUAUUGAAGUUGUCUGUGAGUACAUAGUAAAGAAAAUUCCAGUACCCCCACGAGACUUUACUUCAGAACCUCGACUCAUUGUUAUUAGGUCAUUUGAUGUCAACAAACCUGGCUGUGACGUUGAUGACAUUAAGGGUGGUGUGGCUGGUGGUAGUAUUCUAAAAGGAGUAUUGAAGGUGGGCCAGGAGAUAGAAGUGCGAUCCGGUAUUGUUUCCAAAGAUAGUGAAGGGAAACUUAUGUAUAAACCAAUCUUUUCCAAAAUUGCAUCACUUUUUGCGGAGCAUAAUGCUCUUCAGUGUGCUGCUCCAGGAGGUCUUAUUGGAGUUGGAACAAAAAUUGACCCUACUCUGUGCCGGGCUGACAGAAUGGUGGGACAAGUGCUUGGUGCUGUUGGAGCUUUACCUGAGAUACUCACUGAGUUAGAAAUUUCCUGUUUCCUACUGAGAUGCCUUCUAGGUGUGUGCACUGAAGGAGACAAGAAAGCAGCAAAGGUCCAAAAGCUGUCUAAGAAUGGAGUGCUUAUGGUCAACAUUGGAUCCUUGUCAACAGGAGGGAGAGUUAGUGCUGUGAAGGCUGAUUUGGGCAAAAUUGUUUUGACUAAUCCUGUGUGCACAGAAGUAGGAGAAAAAAUUGCCCUAAGCCGAAGAGUUGAGAAACAUUGGCGCUUAAUUGGUUGGGGUCAGAUAAGAAGAGGAGUGACAAUCAAGCCAACCGUAGAUGAUGACUGAAAACUCCCAGCUACACAAUACAUUUGGAAGAGUUAGAACUUCUUUUAACAACUUAGAGGUAUAUUUUCAAAGCAU